AUGCUUCAGAGUUCAUCUCUCAAGAGAAGCCAGUCGUUUGAUCACGCUGUACAAAACCCAUUCACGCAUGACUCUGAAUCCACAUUAUCACAAUCAAGACAACAUAUCAACCACCAUAACUCCACUAUCCCACUGGAUCAUCUGCUGAGUCAUCUGCAUUCUAGGUCAACAGAUAUACUUCUUCAACAACCACAUGAAGUGACACAAGAUUCGCUAAAGCGACUCGAAGUUGAAUCAACAUCCAGUGACUCCUUCAGUGCAAUGGCAAUUGGCCAGUACCCAUAUUACAACUUGGAUGAUAUGUUGGUCUCACCUAGUUCCAAUGGCCAAAGUCAAGGUGGAAAGAAGAAGUUUACACCAAAUGCGAGCCCCGAUAAACGUCAACAACAAAGCAGUUCAGGAUCAGGAUCAGGAUCCAGAGGAGCUGGUCACAACGAUGGUGUACCGUUGCAUCCUAUUGACGGUUAUGAUGAUGGGUUCAAUCAAGUUCCCAAACGGUUUUCUCAGUUUAUUAUUGAUCAGCAAAACCCACACAUCUCACAGCGUUUGGACAAUUUAUCCAUGAUUUCAUCUAGUUUGAAAUCUGAUCAUGGGGGUGAAGGAGAAGUGCAAGGGGAUGGAAACGUCAAUGAACAUGGGGUUACAAACCUCAACACUGCUUCUUUUAACAAUACUAGCUUGGAUCACAGUGCAAACCAAUCUCACACAUUGUCAACCAGAGACGACAUAUCGGAAUCAAUGGGCUCGCAAGCUACUAUAUUCUCAACUAGACAAGAACCGGAAGCGUUAUUGGUCAAUCGUCGAGUGGGUAGCAAACUCAACACGGGGUUGAGCAAGACUAGGUCUUUAUUCAACAAGAACAAAAUGAACAAGAAUACGAGUACAAGACUGAAAGCCGUCAAUCGUACCAGCACUGUAAGAUUGUACAAGAGUCCCACUUCAUCUAUCACUUCGUCUUUACUCAUGAAUAGCAAUCAAACAAGAAACACGAUGGGUAGAGUUGGUACUAGUUCAGGGAUUCUAAGGGGCAAUGGAUCUCGUGCUGGCACUAGAACUGGCACUAGAACUGGCACUAGAACUGGCACUGGUACUGGAACUGGAACUGCGACUACCUCCUCGAUCCGAUCAAGUACAAGUUUAACCAGACACAAUGCCAUAAAAACCAAGGAGGGAAGUUGGUGGUAUCGCUUACAAUUGAAAAUACGUCAAUUUUUGAACAAGUUUAAGUUCUACAAUUUUAAAGCAUCAUCAUCCAAGAAGAGACAAGUUAGUAUGCGGAGAGCAAGGGGUCAAGGGAUAUCAAGGCAACAUGUCUCGAAUCCAAUUGAUGUCAAGAAGUCAAAGUCAUUGGUUCGUAAAGUGAGAGAGAACCCACACAACCAGGAUUUGAAAAGAUUGGCAUCGAUAAGGGCCCCACCGGCUCAUUCAUUUGGUACUCAACCACAACAGCAGAAAAGAAGUGUUGGCAAGUUGCAAAUCUCGUCGCCUGUGAAUAAUCCGCAAUUGGGCAAGACCGGUAUGACUGAACGUGUUCCAAUGAGCGAUGAAUUGAAACGGUAUGCUGGUGCUGGGCUUUUGUCACUGCCAUCACAACAGCAACAAGAGGAUCAAGAAGGAGACAGCUCUUUGCAAAUGACAAAUAGACAACUACUCACGCCUGAAGAAAUUGCCGAUGAGCGUACUGGAAAAUACACCCAUUUGUCUAAUUACAUUAACCAACAGGAAUCAAGGUACUUGUAUCACUCAGAGAUGAAACAACGUCAGGGCCAGUUUGGUGGAGUGAAGGGGCCAAGAGACAUGAUACUAGAAGAAGAGGAGAAGCAAGAAGGUGCAGAUAUCAAAAGAGCAGGGGGGAGUGGUGGCGAAGGAAGGGUGGGAAAUUUGCAAUUGCUAAGAGCCAGGGACGUUGAAGAGUUUCCAUCGCCUCAGAUCGGCACUAGCGAAAUUGAUCAUCGUGCAUCUUGGGGCACCGCAAACUCUUCAGUUUCAGUCACCACAAGCCAAGCACCGCCACCCGUGCCCCCACCACAUUUAGACACCAGUUUCAUCAAAACAGUGCAGUUGCAAGAUGUUACCCAGGCAGGUAAAGACGAGGAUGAGGCUUUUGAAAGGGAGAAAAUUGCACAAUUAUGGAGAAGCUUUCUCUUGCGUGUUGUUUGCAAUCGAAUCCAGUUGCGACAAGAAAUUAGUCAGUUUGAGCAGUACUUGGUGACGAAGGAGACUAGUGAUAUCAUUAACUUGAUUUUCGAACGUGCUCGACGCGAUGCUGAAUUUGGGGAAGGCCAUGUGGGAGAUAAUCGUAGUGAUGUUUAUGAAGAUGAGAUUAGGUCAGUGGCAACUGUGAAAAAGGGUAUUGCAUCAAGAAACGGUUCAGUCUUAUCCUCAACUAAGCAUGCUAUGAAGAGAACUGAGGUGGGCAGCACCUUGAUAGACAUGCCUGACUCCUCCACUACCACCACCACUUCUACUGGUGAACCUGCAAUAGAGGCAAAUGAUGCUGGUUCAUCGUCGUCAGUCUAUUCCCAAGAUGACAUAAUCUCAACCACCACCUUUUCCACAACAACGUCCAUGACAAAUGAGCAUGGUGACGUCUUGAUUGAUCCACAAGAUCAAGAAUUUACAACCACAGUACUCAAUCGAAGAUCAAUGCUCGCUGAAAUGUUAGAGUAUCAUUCAUCGGGAGAUGAAGAAGACCAGCAAGAAACAGAAGAAGAAGAAGAAGAAGAAGAAGAAAAUGCCAUGCUGUAUUCUGAUUCCGUUAGUCAGUUGAGCAAAUCGGCUUUGGGGUCAAUCAAGACGCAGAAAAGUGUACACAGUAUUGGCUCAGGUGUGCAGCUCGGUACAAAUGCAGCUGGAUUGGAUGAGUUGAGACAGUAUGGAACAAUAAUCAGACGGCCCUCUUUGUCGAUGCCAAUGUCAAAAAUGUCGCAAAAAAUUGUGGAUAAUGAACAGGGUAAUGUCUUGCGGAUGAAGCGGAGCUUUGGAUUGAAUCACAGCUUGAGUGACUUGACUGGUCAAGUAAAUUAA